UGUAAACCACGGGGGAAGGAAAAAUGGUGGCGAGCACCCGUGUACAGAAGCUUCUCCGACGGUACAAACUCGCUAUCGCCGCUGCUUUGACAAUCCUUCUGAUCCAAGGGUUGGUAGUAUGGAGUCUCCGGAGUCUGGAGGACAGAGAGGCGGAGCAGAUUCACAGGCGGUCUAAGCUGCCUGACCACAACAAUCAGGACCUAAAGAGGGACCAUGAAUCCUCUGAGAGGCAGAAUGCGCUCUCUGGGGGCUAUCGUGGCCGGUUUAAGGAGGGCCUGGAGCAGGCCGCCGUCACUCGAGCCCUCAGGAAGGGCUCCAAGCGACGAUCAAAACCCUCCCUGAUAGGCAAGAGCCUAAAUAUGCAGGGUCCCGGAGCAGCAGCCGACGGCAUCGCCCCUUAUGACCCAUCUAGCAGCCGUAACUUUACAGAUAUGCGGGCAGGGGAGGGGGGCAAGAUUCCACUGGCUGUUCCAGGAGAACCGGGCAGUGUGGAAGGCGCCCCUCAGAUCCCAAACAGUGACUUUGUACCCAAAUGCGAGAUCUCAGGGAAGGACGCCCUCUCUGCUCUGCACCGUGCAAGCUCGCGCCAGUGCCGCCAGGAGCUCGCUAACAUCGUGUGCCAGCACCAGUCUGGAGAACUGAUGCCGCAGUCUCUGCCUCAGUUCUGCCCACAGCACGUUCUCUCCAGUGCUGCUCAGCAGGCUGAUAUUAUAGACAAUGAUCUGUCUAAGGUGGAGAACCCAGUCAGGGUGGCCUUCGUUCUGAUGGUCCAUGGCCGAGCUGUCCGGCAGCUGAAACGGCUGCUCAAGGCCAUCUACCACAAAGACCAUUUCUACUACAUCCAUGUAGACAAGCGCUCCAACUACCUGCAUCGUGAAGUUCUGCAGAUGGCUGAGUUGUACCCCAACGUGAGGGCCACACCCUGGCGCAUGGUCACUAUCUGGGGCGGGGCAAGCCUACUGAAGGCCUACCUGCACAGCAUGCAGGACCUGCUGUCCAUGCUCGAGUGGAAGUGGGACUUCUUUAUCAACCUCAGUGCCACAGACUUCCCCACCAGGACCAACGAUGAGCUGGUGGUUUUUCUCUCGCAGAACCGUGACAAAAACUUCCUGAAGUCUCAUGGCAGAGAGAACGCCAGGUUCAUAAAGAAGCAGGGGCUUGACCGGCUCUUCCACGAGUGUGACAACCACAUGUGGCGCCUGGGCGAGCGCACCAUCCCCGAGGGCCUGGAAGUGUCAGGUGGCUCAGACUGGUUCUCACUCACACGCCGCUUUGUGGAGUAUGUGGUCACCUCCCAGGACGAGCUGGUGAACGGACUGAAGCAGUUCUACACCUACGCCCUGCUCCCUGCUGAGUCUUUUUUUCACACGGUGUUGGGCAAUAGCCACAUGUGUGACACGCUAGUGGACAACAACCUGCGCGUGACUAACUGGAACCGCAAGCUGGGCUGCAAAUGCCAGUACAAGCACAUAGUGGACUGGUGUGGCUGCUCCCCCAACGACUUCAAACCUGCUGACCUUAUCCGAAUUCAGCAACUGACCAGGCCUACAUUCUUCGCCCGCAAAUUUGAGUCCACCGUGAAUCAGGAGGCCAUAGACAUCCUGGACACCCACCUGUACGGUCACUACCCUCCGGGCACGGCAGCGCUCAAGGCCUACUGGGAGAGUCUUUUCGAGCGUGAGGACGGUGUGGGCAUACUCAGUGAUGUGGCCCUAACGGCCUACUCCUCCUUCUUCAGACUGGGCCUGCACAGUCAGGAGACCGCACACGCCAGCAGUGAGGCAUGCAGGUUUGAGGCCAUUGGCUACCCUGUGUCGGUGUAUCUCUAUUUCUAUGACGACCGUUUCCAGGGCUACCUGGUACGACAGGAGGUGCAGAGUGUAGUGUCUGGAGGCAGGGAGAUGCUGGAGGUGUGGGCUGUUCCCCAAGCAACUCUACAACUCGAGAGCAACCUGCAUGAGUUUGAGAGGCUUAAGAACCUGGAGGUUGGGACAGAGUGGGACCCCAAAGAGAGAAUUUUCCGCAACUUUGGAGGUGUUAUGGGCCCUCUGGAUGAGCCUGUAGCGGUGCAGAAGUGGGCUCGUGGCCCCAACCUUACAGCCACCAUAGUGUGGAUCGACCCAGCACAGGUGGUAGCAGCCUCCUAUGACAUCAGCGUUGACGUGGAGGCAGAAUUCACACAGUACAAGCCCCCACUGCAGCGUCCUCUCCGGCCUGGAAUUUGGACGGUCCGCGUGUUGAGGCUAUGGGAGCGAGUGGCAGAAGCACGCUUCCUGGUCAUGCCUCUGGCCUUUAAAGGAAGAGAACCACUUCGCAAAGAGGAACAUAGCUGGCUGCAUGCAGGUCCUCCCGGCAACGUGUACAUGGAGCAGGGCUUCCAACAACUGACCCACGUGCUGAAGCUGCCCCCCAUGGAGCCUGCCCUGGAGGAGGCUCAGAAGAAGGCCUCUUUGGUGGGCAAGGCUCUGGAGUCCUGGGUGGACAGUUUGGUGGGGGGCUUCUGGGUGACAGGAGACAUCUGCUCCAGUGAGACCUCCCUCUGCCCCACUGUGGCACUGUGUGCCAAGACCACCUGGAGCUCGCUAUCACCAGACCCUAAAUCAGAACUGGGGCUGGUCAAAAAGAACGGCCGCAUCAGGUAGCCCCGAGAUUUGGGGCAAACAAGGGGCAAGAACACUGAAGUGAACUACAGAAGAGGUGGGGGGGUCCACGACCCCUGUGAGUGAUGUUUACGGGGUAUGGUCUCUCAGACCAUCCCACUGCUGGAGGUCCCACAGGGGUGUAUUCGAGGCACCUUCUGUUUUGAGGGUUUAUGAGUUGUCAGGGAGGAUCUAAGAGAGCAGUUAUUGAUGUUUGCACAUGAGGACCGCCGGACAUUUUAUGACCGUAGUGUAUCUUUGUUCGGGUGUGACAUAAACGUUACAAAAUGUUGAGGUGUCCACAUACAGUCUUGAUUUGACUGGGUUUGACGAUAUAAAACCCUCCACCUCAGCACUUUUACUCUUUUUAUUUACAGGACAAGUGAAAUGAAGUGCACAUUUUUCUUCUGUGUAAAGUGUGGCCAAAAUCCUUAUUUCAAGCUCUACUACCUGGUGAAGGCGAGUGGUUGGAGUCCUCUGGCCUGUAUUUCUAUGCUUAUUUUGAAGCAUCAAUAUCCGAACUUCAGAAGCAGAUCGAUGAAGUGCACUUUACUGUAAGGCAAAGGUCUUCUCUGUACUGAUUGGCAGAGUCGCAAGUCAUGAAGCUUAUGAAGUCACUGUUGGAGGUCAGUUGAUCUCUGGCUCCAUGCGAUCACAUUUCAAAUGCUGCUUACAGAGGCGCAGUGUUACCAUUGCAUGGGUUCAUUGUGUACAGUUCAGCAACGAAAUGGACAACACCAGUAAUGACAUCCGUCCAUUAGGAGACAAGAAUAGGACUGUUUGUGAAUUAGAGUUUUGUGAUGCUGUGGCUGUCUUUCAUGUUCUUUUUGAAUGGCUUCAGUUAAAACCAUGGCAUAUUGAUGUUUACCACUGCAUUGUCCAUGACUGCAAAUGGUUUAGGGCUACACCACAGUAACAGUGUGAGUGUACAUGGAUUGUGUGAUACAGCAUCUAUUGAAGCACCAACAAACACAGUCUUCUCUUUGUCUUAUGGCUGUAAAUGCCAUGAAUGCAGAACUAAUUCAUGAUCUUUGGCCAAUUGACCUAUCCAUGCUCUGCUCAAAAAUGCGUUGUUUUGUAGCAACAAGACCAAGACUGGACAAGUUUUACAGAACAUCGACAAGAAUCUCUUUCAAUUUAAUGACUUUAGAUUGGAGUUUAGAUUCAUAACUUUGAGAUUCCAUACUACGGUAGUAAGCUGGCUAAUAUUGUAGCAUCAAAUCAAAUUUGGCAGCAAAUUUGAGUAAUGUUAGCUUGAUUGCAUGACACAGUCCUUCCAAACAAUGUAACGUUGCACCUACACAAGAUAAAUAUAAUUGUAAUGAAGAACAGACUCUAAAUGUCCAAAUUUAUGCGUUAUUUUUUUUAAGUUGAUUUAAGGCUGAACAGUUGGUGGAAUAUGACUGUGUUUUUUCUAACUAAUAUUGUGCCUGCGAUUGGAAAUGUGAUUAUAAAUCAUUGUAAACUAUUUUGGCUAAGAAGGCCAGCAUAUCUAAUUUUUCUGAAUUUGAAUGCUGACCGAAAUGCGACAGAUUGCCAGUUAGUUGUGGUUGUGGUGUCAUGUUUACAGCGCAUGGGUGUUUAGCUGCUUCUGAUUGGUCUAACUCAUCUAUAGGCAGUUCACAAACUCCAUGUUAUUAGAUUACAAUUUCACACCUAAAACUUAAUCAGAACAGGAAUGUACAUGGGUACUCAAGUUCUCAGUUAACUGUUUGAGGUGCCAGUAUUCAAAUACUAAAUUCACUUUUCAGGUACUUGUUACGUUACAUCCUGGGAAGACGGAGAAAAUAUAUGAUCUAUUAGUUCUGUGAAGUGCAAAGUUUUCUUUUGUUUACGAGUAUGUAUGUUACGUUUAUACUUUGCUACUUCGAAGCGCAAGUGCCUGAAUGUGAGCACACUGCCAAGGACGCAUUGUUAAUGACAUGAUUAAUGAUUCUGUUAAUGACCAUCACUUACUAGGCUAACUACUCUAGCUGAUGUUUGCUAGAGCGGAAACAGUGAAAAAGUAUUUCUCUGACAAAAUAACAUGUUGGCACAUCGUUCACUGAGAAGAAAAUGCUUUCUGUAGAAGAUGAUAUCCUUAUCAGCUUCCAGCGUAACACGUUAGCUCUGUUAGCUCAUUAGUUUAUCUCAGGCAGUCUCCGCCAGUCACCCAACAUGAAAAGCUAGAUUUCCCUUGACUGUUUUUGAGUAAUGAAACAUGCUUUAGUGUAGACGUUUAUGCGCUGCUGUAUUUUUGGGCAACACCAGUGCCGUCAUCUAAAAAUGUAAGCCUACACCCCUACAUUAUUUUCAGGCAAAGUUAAUUUAUUUGGGUUCGGUUCAUUAACUCAUACUUGAAUAUCAAAUGUCAUUCAUAGUUCAGCAUUGUUGAUAAUGCAUGUCAUAAUAAAAAUUGCGGCUCUUGUGAUUUUCUAAUCACAACCACUUUUUCAAAUUGCCAUUUCAGUAAUAAAAAAAAUACAUUUUAAUCGUUCAGCCCUAGGUUGAUAUAUAUAUAUUUUUUUUUUCCCCCAGCAUUCUGUAAAGCUUGUCCAGCUUUGCAACAGUUGCUAUAAAAGAACAUGGUCAUAGGAGGAGCAUGGAUAAGUCAGUUUCAUUGGUCAUCUGCAUGGUCUGGGUGCCAGAAGCCUGGACAAUCAUGUGGUUUAGGUGAAUCGCAAGCUCCUCGGUACUCACCCAGUUUACUGCUGAAUUGUAAUAGAAUGCCCCGUAGUAAUGUAUUGUGUUACUGUUGAUGUAAAUGCUUACACUCUGUUACACUCGAUCUGGUCUUAUUGCAUAUAAGAUUCUAUUCCAGUCUACCACUGCAAUGCAGUACAGGCUUAUGAUGUUUUGGCUAAACUUCAUCAGUGAAGUACACCAUCAUCCACUUGUCACUUUGUGUCAUACACUAUUUCAUGAGAAGUGUUUUACAUUUUUUCUAAUACUUAAACAACCUUUUUCCUCCGGCCUCGGGGACAUAUCACAGAAAGACUGAUGAAGCAAACAAAAAAAAAGUCUGAGAAUGAAAUGAGCUGCUUUUGCACGGCUAAUUCAUUAUCAUUCUUUCAUGGGUCUUUUUUUUAUUUAUUUAUUUUUCCAAAAGCCAUGUUUCAAAAUUGCAGUGACCAUGAAAAUAUCCACCGUUCUUAUUUUGUCACAAUGAAUUGAAGUGACCUUUUUGUCUUCAUACUGUUGCUUCAGAGAAGCCUUUUGUUUUAAAACAAAAGAAAUGUGUGUAUCUAUAUUUGUGUGCGUGUGUGUGUGAAUGAAUGGAUUAUUUUUGUAUUUAUAUCCGUCUUAGCAAGGAAAGUCAUAUUUUCAGCUGUUAGUCGAGUGGAGAGCGCUGCUUCAGUCUUUACUCAUUACCCUCGUCCUGCAUUGUCUGUCUCAGUCUGUCAUGAAAUGGUAUCUGGAGCGGUGGUUCCGUUCCUAAACGAGUCUUAAAAGACAUGGUGUUGAGGGACGGCCCCCCAGGAUUUGAAAGGUGCUGUGAGAAACUUAAUGGUGAAGUUGAAAAGCAGAGACUUCAGCCAGAGGCACAAUAAACAUGUCAAAUUAAUAGUA